AGGGCGGCGUCCUAGGAGAAAUCUGUGACGGGCGGAAGUGACGUAAUUGCAAGUGUGAGGGACAUUUUUGUAUUACGAUAAAGUGUUGUGGUCUCGAGGAGUGCCAACCCAUCAACCAGUGGCUUCUCCAUUCUGGGAGCGAUCAUGAAGCCUGCUGAGACGUUGUCCGUGUUUGAGGCUGCUCAGAACAUGCUUUUAAUGGAUGGACUUCGACUUGUCACUGAGUCAGCAGAAGAUGUCACCUCUGUUACAGUUCCAGUAACUAAAAGUCCGGAUCAAUCUAGCAUGGUCUUGGAAGUGUCUGACCGGAUGUAUUGCUCUGCCUGUUCAAGGAGUUUUGACAGUCGAGAAGAGCAGACUGAGCAUUAUCGCCUAGAUUGGCACCGCUUCAACUUAAAGCAGCGACUCCUGGGCCGACAGAUGCUCACAGUUGAAGAAUUUGAAGUGAAGACCCAGGCAGGUGAUGUUUCCAGCAUCUCUGGCUCGGAUUCCAGUGACUGUGACUCAGACGGUGAAUCUGAUCCUGCAGCUUACCAGAACAAUGAAGACAAAGGGAAAAGAAAUCAAAACCUCUCAACAUAUCUUCCACGGUCUCAGCGAGUUCUGUUCAGAAAUUCCCAGUGCCAACUUAUAGCAGUCUAUCGCUGUGUGCUGUGCACUACAAAGGACAUCGUGGAACAUCCUGCAGAGUUAGUGGCAUCCCUACAGAGACAAAACCCCAAGAUCACCUGGGUUAUUUUGAUGGCUGGUGGGGGACAUUUUGCUGGAGCAGUAUUUAAAGGGAAUGAAGUACUGGAACACAAGACUUUCCAUCGGUACACAGUGCGAGCCCGCAGGGGUACAGCCCAAGGAGUGAGGGAUGCUCAAGGCUCCAUGCCUAAAUCAGCUGGGGCUUCAUUGCGGCGCUAUAAUGAGGCUGCUCUGCUCAAGGAUAUUCAGGAGUUGUUGGUCAAUUGGGCAAGGCAUUUACAAGAAGCAGAGCGUAUCUUCCUUCGUGCCCCUCGCACCAACAGGGCUCAGUUUUUUGGCAGCAAAAAUGGCCCUCUUCAACGAAAUGAUCCCCGGAUUCGGGGCAUUCCUUUUAGCACUCGGAGAGCAACCUUCCAUGAAGUGCAGAGAGUGCAUGGGGUCCUGAGCAGUCUGCAAGUAUACGAAAAAGACACAGCAGUAACAGAUCUCAUUGGUUCUCCUCGAAAGAGUUGGAAAAAGGUUGUUCAUCAGGAUGAAGCCUUUUCACAGGAUCAAGAUACUAUCUCACCAGCAAAGACAGAGGAAGAGGAGGAAGAAAAUGAAGAGCAAAGCCUGAAUCAGCUAGAAAUGGUGGAGAUGACACUGACUACACUGGAACUGCGUGAAAUGGAAGUGGCACCAAAACGAAACCACAAGAAAAAAAGGAAGAAACCAAAAACUUUCAGAGAGUCUUCCAGAGAAACUUCAAUAGGGGCUGAAGCAUCUGAGGCUUUAUUGUCUAAAAGUGAGAAAUCAUCUGAGUCCCAAAAAGAACUGGAAGAUCAAGAUGAGUCUAAGGUUGAAAUGUAUGCUCCCAGUGUAUCUCUGCUGGAUACCUUGUUCACCGCCUGUAAGGCAGGAGACCUAGGAGCACUGCAACAUCUUCUGGGAAUAACUGACAGCACAGAAGAGGAACAAGAUGAAUGUAAUGGUUCAGCCUCACAACACUUGCUCAACACACCCUUAGAUGAGAGUGGCUGGACCCUUUUGCAUGUGGCUGCGGCAGCAGGAAGGAGUGGAGUUGUGCGGCUGUUGUUGGAGAUUGGAGCUGAUCCUGCCCUCAGGGACAAGCAAGAACAACCUCCAUACUGUGUAUCUGCAGAUAAAAAAACUCGUGCUGAAUUCCGCAGGUUCAUGGGUGAACAUCCUGAGAAAUACGACUACCUCAGGGCUCAGGUACCUGGACCCUUAACAGCUGAAAUGGAAGCCAGACAAGCCGAACGCCGACGCACCCAAAAGGCACAACGGAAGCAGCGUGAAAAGGAGGAACGUGAGGCAUUACAGGCGCAGAACCAAGAAGAGGAUGAGAAAAAGCGUUUUGCUCUCCUGAGUGACCGUGAAAAGCGAGCCCUGGCGGCUGAGAGGAGACUUGUUUCUCAGUUGAAGGACUCCAGUGUAUCUUUGUCCAAUACCAGGCGCUGCUGGCUUUGUGGGGAGUCGCUCCUGGGACAUAUUCCUUUCCAUUACCUCGACUUUUCCUUUUGUUCUACAAAAUGUCUCCAAGCUCACCGUCAAGGGAAAGCUGCCCCAUCCUAGCUGUGCAUUUUUUGCAUAGCGCACUAAGUACAACAUAAUUAAAACAGACACAACACCCGAGGAAGUGAUAACGAAACAAGGGGAACAACCCGGGAGACCUUGUUGUGUACCAGUUCUUGGCGUUGCGAAUCAAACGAAGAAUUCCUUUGAAUAUAGAAACUAUUAUUUUGGAGACUGAAUAUCUUUACUACAAUUGACAUUGGCCCAAGAUUCCACGCACUCCAGGAAUAAUAUGGACUUGGUUGUCUCUUUAUGUCUGUUAUUUACUCCUUAAAUAGUAUACUUUGUUAGAUUAUGACAUGGAAAUUGUACCUUUGUUGAUGAUAUCUUGAAAGCUAUUUUAUUAUAUGCAAUAUAAUUUGAAGAGAAGUACUCUAAUAUAGAGUUGUAGAAACCUGAUUUGUAUUACAUUUUUGGGAGUUUUACAAGAGUGUAUAUACACAUACAUUUUUGUUCUGUAGCAGUCCAAAGAAGCCAAAACUUACCACUCCAGUAACCAAAGUUGGUACCACCCUGAAACAUAUACCUGUAAGAAAGUCAGAUAUCACAAUAAGAAUCCCCCUCCCUUCAAAAUAACAAAGCAGUGAUUGAUAGGAAAACAAAAUAUAAAUUGGGAAAGGACCAAUAGCAAUAGGUCCUUGUUCUGUAUGAAACUUAUAUCAGCUAUUCAGACAGCUAAAGAUACUGUAUUUCUGAGAUGUCUUGAUUUAUGCACAUAGUUCCUAAGGGCAACUUAAGAAUUGUGGUAAAGAAGGUGAAGCAAAGGCACAGCUUCUAUCCUCAAGGGGGUCCCUGCUUUUUCAUCAAGUAAUCUGACCCAUUGCUUCUGUCUCACAGCCCACACUCCCCUAUGGUCUCACGGUUACAUGUUGACGUUGGCUCCCAACUCUAGCAUCUUCUCUAGGCCACGAGCCACGUCCUCAGCACUUUUUGUAGAAUGUGGUUCACCCCAAUAAUCCAGCCAGCCUGUGUAGUACUCUGAAUUCACCUGGGAGGAAAGGAGAAUUUGCACACUAAUGGAGAAGUAGUAGAAGAAGCUUCCAAUGAAGCAUCUGGAGGUCAGAUGUACCAAUUUUGCUCUCUUUCCUGUAUUGGAAGCUCCUUGAACAUGAUUAAUAUCUUGCACCUGCAAUGGCAGAGCAGUCUGUAUAUUGUGAAAAUGUUUUAUGUACGAAAAAUAUGUAUCUUCUGGCUAUUUUGUCUGAUAAGGACCCCAGAAGCAGGUGCCAAAAGGCAAGAUUGCCCUAGAUCACUGCUUCUUAAAUUGUGAGUCCCAACUUUAAAUGAUUCCCCUUAACACAAGGUUGGGGUCCUGAAAAAUUUAGCAACACUAAAAAAUUUUCUGAACUUUUGGCUUUUUCAGACAUUUACAUGAAUCUGUUGUGCAGUGUUUGCUGUGGACUCUGCAUAAGAUGCUUGGACUGUACUUUAUAAAAAGGAAAAACAACUUGUUUAGCAAGCCUUGCAAAUGCUGAUUUGUUAUCUGUAAAUGUUUGAUUUUUUACCUAUUUUACAUACCCAGGGUCACAUAAAAAUUUCUCAGGCCAAACGGGGUCACAAGUGGAAAACGUUUAAGAAGCCCUGCCCUCUGGUAUCAUUAGUAGGGGAUCUAGUCAGGGGAUGCUAUGGUUUUUUAAUUUUGAAUAUGUUUUGAUGGUUUUUAACUGAAUUUUUUAAAUGUUGUCUGUGUUUAAUUCUGUUUUAAUGUUUAUAUAUUUGUAUAUUUUAAAUUGGAUACCAAUGCUUUUAUA